GGAUUGAGUGUGGCACCGACGCGGCGAAUUCAUGGAAGCGUGGUGCGGCAUUUUCAUUUCAUGGCGCAGCGUUGAGCUGAGUGCGUAGUAGCUAGCGUACUACUACUCCGCAGUGCCGUUUGUUUCAUGACUUGGGCGCUACGAGUGGUGCCGCCUGCGAUGGCUGCUACCAGGGGCUGUGGCUUGCCGCGCACUGUGUGGGAGCUCCGCGCGCCCAAUUGCCUUCUCGCGGAUUCCCGAGGCCCGUGCGUCAUCCUCCUGGAGGCAAGAGCGCUCCGGAAUGUCCUGCAGGGUUUAAGGUCUUCUAGGCAAUUUGGGGUUGUAGCCGCGCCGGUGGAAAGGAAGCCGAGAUGGGGUAUCGGCAUUGGAGAAUUGAAGGUGAAAGAGCCGAACAGUAUAGUAGCUGCUGUGAGAGAAGAUGUGGAGAAGUCUGUGGUUGUGGUGGAAUCACCUAGCAAAGCGAAAACGAUCACUAAGUACCUUGGAGCUGGCUACACUGUGUUGCCCAGCUACGGGCAUGUGCGCGAUCUUGCUGCGCGUGCAGGGUCCGUGCGGCCUGAUGAGGACUUCAAUAUGCUUUGGGAGGUCCCUAGUACUGCUCGUCCUCAUAUCAAUUCUAUCAAAUCUGCUCUGAAAGGAGCCCAGGUGUUGGUUCUGGCAUCCGAUCCCGACAGGGAAGGCGAGGCAAUUGCUUGGCAUGUAUUGGAAAUAUUGGCUGUGGAGGGGGCUCUGAAGAAAGAAAUGCAAGUGAAACGGGUAGUAUUUCAUGAAAUCACAAAGACAGCAGUGACAAGGGCCAUGGAUUCUGCCAGAGAUGUCAGUGAAACAUUGGUAAAUGCAUACCUUGCGCGUCGCGCCCUGGAUUAUCUCAUCGGCUUUAAUCUAUCUCCUGUUCUCUGGCGCAAACUGCCGGGCAGCAAGUCUGCGGGACGUGUGCAGUCGGCUGCUCUUCGCCUAAUCUGUGACCGUGAGCAUGAGAUUGAAGCAUUUCGAUCCAGAGAAUACUGGAGUAUAGAAGCUCAACUGAAGAAAGGUGGAACCCAGAGUACAAUUUCUGCUCGACUGACUCAUUUGAAUGGAAAGAAACUUGAACAGUUUUCUAUUGGGAAUGAAGUGGAUGCUGGAGCUGCAUCCAAAAAAGUUUCAGAAGCCAAGUUGAGUAUUGGAAGUGUGAAAAAGAGACUUGUCCGUCGCAAUCCUCUAGCCCCUUAUAUUACCUCCACGUUACAACAAGAUGCUUCUUCCAAGUUGGGCUUUGGAACUACCCGUACUAUGUCCUUGGCUCAGCAAUUAUACGAAGGUGUAAAGCUCAACAGUGGCGAACAAACAGGACUUAUUACAUACAUGCGUACCGAUGGUGUUCAGAUAUCGCCAGAGGCAUUGGAGGACAUACGAUCACUGGCUUGCACUAGGUAUGGAGAUAAUUACGUUCCUGCUGAAAAGCGAGUUUUUGUAUCUAAAGUGAAAAACGCACAAGAAGCUCAUGAGGCUAUUCGGCCAACUGACAUCUUUCGCCUGCCAUCAUCUGUAGCCAACGUCCUGGAGGAGGAUGCCUUGCAACUUUACUCCCUUAUAUGGGCUCGCACUAUGGCGUGUCAGCUAGAGCCUGCUGUAUCCAACCAGAUCUCUGCUGACGUUGUCGAUGAUCAUCAGAAUGUGCAGCUACGCGCCAGUAAAUCUGCUAUUUCUUUUCCCGGAUUUCUUGUUGUUUACAAGGAUGCAAAAGCUCUUGGAAAAUUUGUAGAAAAGCUUCAAGACGAUGACAACAAUGGGCCUAAUUCUGAUUUGGAUCAGAUUGAGGCAGGGGAUCCUUUGGUGCUUUCAGGAGUCCAACCAAUUCAACAUUUCACAGAGCCACCCCCUCGAUUCUCAGAAGGCACCAUAGUGAAGCAUUUGGAAGAACUAGGAAUCGGCCGUCCUUCAACAUAUGCUCCUACUCUGCGUACUUUGCAGUUGAGGAAUUAUGUGAGAAUAGAUAAACGUCGGAUUUUCCCUGAAACACGAGGACGCAUGGUCUCUGCAUUCCUAAUGCACAAUUUUCCAGAGUUUGCAGACUACGCUUUCACCGCCAACAUGGAGAGUCAGCUCGAUGAUGUAUCAGCAGGAAACGCACUUUGGAAGAACGUGUUGCGUGAUUUUUGGCCUGGAUUUCAUGAAAGUGUUCAGAACGCCAUGAAGGUUCCUAUUGAGAAGGUGGUGGAGAUGCUUGAAGAGGUGCUUGCCGAGCAGUUCUUUCCUUCAACAAGUGCACAGGAUAGGGACAGAGUUUGCCCAAGCUGUCACGAAGGAAGGAUGUCUCUAAAGCUGAGUCGAUUUGGAGCCAGUUAUUUUUUUGGAUGCUCUCGCUAUCCUGAUUGCCUCUUUAAAGCUAAUAUGAUACAUGGCGAGGAAAACGAAUCCAGUGAUAACGAAGAUUCCGAAGCAAUAGGUGCUCAAUGGUCUGCCUUAGCACGCCCUCCGAAGGUUCUUGGUGUGGAUCCAGCCUCCCAACUGCAGGUGCUCAUGAGAGUGGGACCGUAUGGAGCGUAUGUGCAACUUGGAGAAGCUUCUAAAAACCAAAAACCUCGUCGAACUGCAUUACCCAAGGGCGUCGAAGCAGUGGAAGUGACUUUGGAGAAGGCUUUGGACUUAUUAAGUUACCCUCGUGAGUUGGGAAAACAUCCUGUAGAAGGGACGCCCAUUACAAUCAGCAUCGGAAAAUUUGGUUAUUUUCUUCGACAUCGGGCUGUUAGUGCCUCUGUCCCACAGGGCAUUAGUGUGGAGAACUUAUCCAUAGACAAGGCCGUCGAGCUAUUGAACGGAAAACAUGUCUCAAGACGAGGACGGCGGCCCCAUAAGGUUGCAGUUGAAGAGUCCGGUUCAGAACCAGAGAACUCUUCUGAGAGUUCUCAACGUGAAAGUGUUUCUUUGCUGCAACACAAUGGCUCAGUAUCCCCGGGACAGCAAGGUCUAAAUGUACAGCUGCCGCAAGAGAAACAGAAGAGGAAGUAUGUUAAAAAGUCGGCACAGAAUUCCAAUGGUGAAUCCCCUUCAAAAGACGAGGUUUCAGUGAAAGGGUCUGAUCCUGUCGUCAAGAAAAGAGGAAGGGGCAGACCCCGGAAAAAUGUCGAGGUCCUUCUCGUCAAGGGCGAGUAGACGAUGUAUUUUAAUCGAAGUUUCGGAAGAUGAUGAUUCUACAGGAAGAAUGCGAAUAACAAGCUCUACCUUCAAAAAGGUGUUGAAGAAGAUGAGUUGAAGCUUGCUCAAUGUGUUAAAAGUGGAAGAGAAUUUUAGAAGCGGUCUGGUGGGGCCAAAGGACGAGAAAAAAAUUAGGGCUCAGAUCAUGCUCUUGCAGCUGUACACUAAGUUCUACUGGAGCAAAUCUCUCGCAGGAUCUUUUGCUUCCUAAGUUGUUCAGGAUCUUUCUAUUUAUAAUUUCAGGAAUAAUCUGUUUGGAAGCUGGCAAGACAACCUCAGAACUUCUGCAAUGGAGUUGUGUGUCAAUGUCUUCCUGAUGGUAGAACUAAAGGAGGUUCGGUCAGAGUGUUCUAGGGGUACUCAAACUAAUCAACACUUCAUCACAGGAUUCAAAAGGUUCAUUUGCUCAUAUCAAGAGCGUUCUCUUGUAUGCUCUUA